AUGCCUUCGUACGAGCUUGAAUAUCCCAAGCAGCCAUUCAGCACAGUCAAUCGCUAUGGAAUCCGGGCUUCAUACGCAUUGGAGACAAUCCAUCACAUUAUCAACUCGGCGCAACUUGUCCAUGUCUCCUUUGCGGUGCCUGACUCUCCAUUUCCAAUGAUGCUACCCAUGAUUGGUCAGAUGGGUUCCUUCUCUCGCCCAAGCGCCGACACUGGCGCUGUUCUGGACCUUUAUCUGCACGGCUACGUAUCUUCACGCAUAAUGAAUCUUUCACGAGAUCCCAACUCAUCGUCCCAUGUUGAUGGUCUUGUUCUGGCACUCACCCCCAACUCGCGCUCGUACAACUACCGUUCCGCCGUUCUGUUCGGCCACGCAACUGUCGUGACUGGUGUGGAGGAGAAGCUGUACGCCAUGGAACUGAUCACGAACGGUGUGGUGCCUGAUCGCUGGAGGAACACCCGCGUACCGCCCAACAACGGAGAGAUGCAGAGCACCAGCGUAUUGCGAGUCAAUAUCAGUGCAGGGAGUGCCAAGAUUCGCAGCGGGAUGCCGAAUGACGACAAGGUAGACACUUCAAACAAGGAGCUCUUGAGCAGAGUCUGGACGGGCGUUAUUCCAGUGCGAGUCGAGAAAGUACCAAGUUACUUGAGCGACUACGUCAAGGAUUACAGCGAGGACUCCAAGAUGACUGCUAUGGAGGCUGCUAGCAAACCGACGAAGGGGGCCAAGAGCAAGCAAGACGAUUGA